AGGGGCCUCAGAGCAAGACAGAAUUCGGACACCGGGAGGAGCCGGCAAAGAGGAUCCGAGCUGGUGUUUUGUAGUCUAAGCAAGAAGCUCGGGUCAGUUUAGAGCGAGACAGGUGGAGACUGUGGCCGCGCCUUCGCACAGUAUGGAUUAUAAGCCCAGCCUGAUCCCCGAUGGGAACCCCAUGGAGAACCUGGAGAAGCAGCUGAUCUGUCCCAUCUGUCUGGAGAUGUUUACCAAGCCUGUGGUCAUCUUACCUUGCCAGCACAAUCUCUGCCGGAAGUGUGCCAACGACAUCUUCCAGGCUGCAAAUCCCUACUGGACCACCCGGGGUGGCUCGGUGUCUAUGUCGGGAGGCCGCUUCCGCUGUCCCUCAUGCCGCCAUGAGGUGAUCAUGGACCGCCACGGGGUGUACGGGCUGCAGAGGAACCUGUUGGUGGAGAAUAUCAUUGACAUCUACAAACAGGAGUGUUCCAGUCGGCCCCUGCAGAAGGGCAGCCACCCGAUGUGCAAGGAGCACGAAGAUGAAAAAAUCAACAUCUACUGCCUCACGUGUGAGGUGCCCACGUGCUCCAUGUGCAAGGUGUUUGGGGCUCACCAGGCCUGUGAGGUGGCCCCGCUCCAGAGUGUCUUCCAGGGACAGAAGACUGAGCUGAGCAACUGCAUCUCCAUGCUGGUGGCGGGGAAUGACCGCAUGCAGACCAUCAUCACGCAGCUGGAGGACUCUAGUAGGGUGACCAAGGAGAACAGUCACCAGGUGAAGGAAGAGCUGAGCCACAAGUUUGACACGCUGUACGCCAUACUGGACGAGAAGAAGAGUGAGCUGCUACAGAGGAUCACACAGGAGCAGGAAAAGAAGCUGAGUUUCACCGAGGCCCUCAUCCAGCAGUACCGGGAGCAGCUGGACAAGUCCACCAAGCUGGUGGAGACAGCCGUCCAGUCCCUGGAUGAGCCUGGCGGGGCCACCUUCCUCCUGAGCGCCAAGCAACUCAUCCAGAGCAUCGUGGAGGCUUCCAAGGGCUGCCAGCUGGGGAAGACAGAGCAGGGCUUUGAAAACAUGGACUACUUCACUCUGGAUUUAGAGCAUAUAGAAGACGCCCUGAGGGCCAUCGACUUUGGGAUAGAGGAGGAUGAGGAAGAGUUCAUUGAAGAGGAAGAAGUUCAGGAAGAGUUGUCCACAGAAGAGAAAGAAGCAGGACACCAGUAAGGCACUGGAUGAGCGACAGACCCUCUGCAUGCAGAGAGACUGGGGGGAAGGGCCCAGGGUGGGAGGGACGGGGCCCCUGGUGGGGCAAUGGGGACUUGUGUCUCCUCUGCUCAGAGAGCAGGGACUAGAAUAGGAAGCCCACCGCUGUGUCCAGCAGUCACUGAACCAGGAUUGGGAAUGUGCUUGAGAGAGUCACACAGGACACUUUUCUAUGCUGGUGAACAAUGAAAUAUUUUGUACGUUUUUAAAAUGUGACUUUUGUAUAUACUUGUCUACGUACGCCCACUUGGUGCUUUUUGUAAAGAGACUUUUGUAUGAUAAUGCUUGGUCACCAUGGACUGGUUAUUGCGAAAGGGGGAGAGGAAGCCAGGUCCAUAGAGCGACCCACCGGCCUUUCUGGGUGGGAGGGCGGGGUCACACUCAUGGGCCUAGAAAGAGACAAUGUACUGUAUUUCAGUGCCCAUCCCUGACGUGGGGGAACUGAGUUUGUUCUAUGUUGUUUUAAUAAACGCACAGUGCUCUCUUCCUGUUAUUACAAA